AUGGAUGAUGCUGUGCCGACCACGAGUAAGGCAGGCGCGGGAAUUACAUCGCCGUCGCCCCCAAGGAAACGAAAACAACUCAGUUUGGGGCAGAAAAGCAAGCAAGCAAUAUUGAAUUUGUAUAAGAAAAGCCUAGAUGAUGAACCUACUCUUAAAACUGUCCAACUUGUAUCCAAAAUAGCGAUGACAUUAGGAGUUGAAAAAUCAACAGUAUAUCGAGCCAUAAAACAGUAUAAAUCUACUGGGGUGUCUACUUCCAAACACUGUGGUGGAAGACCUGGGAUUGUUACAUGUUUGGAUGAAGCAAUGAAGAAUUCCAUAAGGCGUAUAGUACACAGCUUUUUCUUUAAAAAUGAGAUCCCCACUUUGGACAAAAUAUUAACCGAAAUAAAAAGUCAUCAGGAUUUGCCACAGAUGUCCCGUUCAUCAUUAUACAAAUUUAUGAAACAAAUUAAUUUCAAAUACUUAAAACGAAGUCGUAAAAGUGUGUUGAUAGCACGUGAUGAUAUAGUGACAUGGAGACUUGACUACUUGAUAUCAAUUAAAAAGUUUAGAUCUGAAGGUAGACCUAUUUAUUAUUUAGAUGAAACAUGGUUAAAUGAAGGUCAUACAAAAGAAAGGGCAUGGGUUGUUCCUAAUAUUAAAAGCAAACGUGAGGCGUUCAAUGAAGGGCUGUCUACGGGAUUAAAAAAUCCGUCCGGUAAAGGAAAGCGUCUUAUUAUCUUACACGCUGGCUCAGAGGAAGGAUUCGUUGAAGACUCGUUAUUGGUUUUCGAAGGCAAAAAGAGUGGGGAUUAUCACGAGGAAAUGAAUGCAAAUGUAUUUGAAAAGUGGUUUUCUGAAUUUUUGAAAAAAAUACCGGAUAAUUCUGUUAUUGUAAUGGACAAUGCAUCAUACCAUAGUCGAAAAGUAGAAGCUAUUCCGACAACAUCAACAAGAAAAAUUGAUAUGAAGGUGAAGAAUGAAGUGGCAAGCAAAAAUAAAACAUAUAAAUUGAAGGACGUAAACGAACUACUAAUAGAGGCUCUUAAUAAUGUUACAAAUAUGAACUGGAAAAAAUGUGUAGAACAUGUGAUUAAGGAGGAAGAAAAAAUGGGUACACUUGACGGAAUUAUGGACGAUCUCAUUGAACCUUUAAUUAUAUCAAUUAAUAAUAGCGAGAGCGAUAUGGAUACUGACUCGUCGAAUAAUUCAGAAAAUUAG